GAACUUUCUUGAAUAUGGAACAAGAAUAUUCGGUUCCAAGUCCUCUAUUUGACAAACUUGUGGAAGAGUCCAAACGUAUCAAAGCUUCCUUUCACUUCCCUGGACAUAGAAGGGGUUCAGCUAUUCCUAGUUGCAUGCGCGAUUCUUUUGGUUCCUUGAUAUUUUCAGCUGACCUUCCAGAGCUUCCCGCCUUGGAUAAUCUAGCCAAUCCUACAGGAGUUAUUAAGGAAGCAGAAGAUUUGGCAGCCAAAGUUUUUUCGGCUGGCAAAAGUUGGUUUCUUGUUAACGGAGCAACAUCGGGCAUGCUUGCUGCUAUUAUGUCUUGUUGUCGACCAAAGAGAAAAGUUUUGGUUCCACGCAACGUGCAUCAGUCAGUCUUGUAUGCUUUAAUAUUAUGUGGUUCUAUCCCUGUAUAUAUUGCUCCCAACUAUCAUGCCAACUAUAAUAUUGCUUUCGAAAUUCCUGAAAGCUCUAUAGAAGAACAGUUAAGAGAACAUAGAGGAGAAAUAGAUGCUGUAGUCAUUGUUUCGCCUAAUUAUCAUGGAUAUGUUUCGAAUAUUUCUGAUAUUUCAGAAAUAUGUCGACGGAACGAUGUUAUUUUAAUAGUUGAUGAAGCUCAUGGAGCUCAUUUUAUAUUUCAUCCAUCCUUUCCUCCUCCUGCUCUAAGGAGUGGUGCAGAUAUAGUUGUACAUGGUACACAUAAAUGUCUUACUUCGUUGACUCAAACAGGAAUGCUGCACGUAAGUUCAGAUGCUUUAUCUUCAGGACGUAUUGAUGCCAGUCGCAUCUCUAAUGCAUUACAACUUGUUCAAACAUCGAGUCCUAAUUAUUUAUUGUUGGCGUCCCUUGAUGCCUCAAGACAACAGUUUGAGGUACAAGGCGAAGCAAUGUUACAAAAUGCAUUGGCCUUGUCAUCUCUAGCCAGAAGUCAACUUGAGGAGGUUCCGGGUUUUCGAGUCUUAGGGAAGAGAAAUCCAACCGACAUGUUUGAUCCCACGAGAAUGAAUAUUGUGAUGACGGAAGAUUAUUGGGACUGUAAUGGUUUCGACAUUGAUCAAUUACUUAUUGAAGAUUAUGGUGUGUAUGCAGAAUUGCCUUCAUUUAAUCAUCUCGUAUUUAUAAUCUCUCCUGGCAAUCUUGAGUCUGAUAUUUCCAGUUUGGUUUAUGCCUUGAAGGAGAUAUCAACUAAAUUGAAGAAAGAUAGCAACACUAUGUUAGUCAGUGAAUUGCCACAGAACUGUAAGAAUUGGCAAUUUUUCGGGAAAACUGCUUCGCGACUCUUUCAACCACCUUUUCCAUUGCAAAGAAUUUCUCCGCGAGAUGCAUUUUAUCAUCCUCAUAGAGAAUAUGUGCAGUUUGCUGAUUCAGAAGGUCGAAUAGCUGCAUGUACAGUUUCAUGCUAUCCUCCUGGUAUUCCAAUUUUGUUACCAGGAGAAGAAAUUUCUAAUGAUGCACUUACUGUUAUUGACACAUUGAGAGGAUUUGGAGCAACUGUCACGGGUUUUAAUGAGGAUCACAAUACUAUACAAGUUGUUUAGGAUAUUAAUGGCUUGAAGGUCGGAGUAAGGAUCUUUUGUAACGACGCCAUGUCGUAUCAACUUUUAUUAUGACAAGAUGUAGAAGCAAUAGAAACAUAUAUUUUUAUCGAUCAGUAUAGUUUUGUACAAGUUGAGGAUUGAGAUUGUGGAAUGAUAUGGAUACAACCCAAUAUUUUUUCAAAAGGUUUUGAAGAACACUAUCAUGUCUAUGAAAGCUUUCAUAUGGAUUAGGUCAACUACUUUUUGCUCAUUUUGAAAGACACAAGUUUCAUGGUUGUUCACAAGGGCUAUCACUGUGGAAAUUAUCUGCACCUAAUUCAGUCAACUAUCGUAUAUCAUUAGACAUAUUGAGAUGGUGAGACUAUAUUCCUUUGAACUGAGAAGAAUAAAUAUUCGAUUCUUUUU